AUGGGACUCUCCAAGACUAACAGGAUCAUUAUCCUGCUUGUGAUCGACACGGCCUUCUUUCUGUUGGAGCUGAUCACUGGCUAUGCCGUCCACUCCCUUGCCCUGGUCGCCGAUUCCUUUCACAUGCUAAACGAUGUCAUCUCACUAUGCGUCGGACUUUGGGCUGUCAAGGUCGCCAACCAGGAGACAAAUUCGAAGAUGUACACAUACGGUUGGCAACGCGCAGAAACCCUCGGUGCUCUCGUCAACGGUGUUUUCCUAGUAGCCCUUUGCAUGUCGAUCUUCUUGGAGGCAGUUCAACGUUUGGUGGAACCCCAGGAGGUCCAGAAUCCGAAGCUGGUCUGCAUUGUCGGCUGCCUCGGCCUUCUUUCCAAUAUCGUGGGCUUGGCCCUGUUUCAUGACCACUCCCACGGUGGCCAUAGUCAUGGCCAUGAUCACGGCCAUGCACACGACGAUCAUGAGGAUAUUGAGCAAGGCUACAGCGACCACCCGCACAGCGACUCGGUCGUUGCGGAUGAAAACGUUCCCGAGAACCUGGUCGGGGCUGGUCGUCCUACGAGCUUGCCCCAGAACGGUCUUACCCAUUCUGCCACUGAACCCGCAUCUCCCGUCUCACGCAAACGCCUUGUACCGGAAUCUACUCGCGGCUCUCGGAGAUUCAGCACCUCGACCGGACGUGGUAUCACCAAUGUGGAGGACAUAUAUGCGCACCCGGCAACUAUGCGACAGGACAUCAUUGCUGCUGGCCGUGGGACCUUUGACAACGACCCGUCCUCCGACUCCGACAGCCGAGAUGACGAAGUCCCAACCGAGCAAUCCGGCCUUCUUCGUCACCGUGACCGCGCGUCAAACUACACCGAUGAGCAUGAUGGUCCGUUCAAGGUUCCUAACCGCCAGGAGGACAUCCACAAGGGUCACAACCAUGCCCAACCGAAGUCAAAGAGCCAGAAGGGUGGUCACGGCCAUGGCCACGACCUCAACAUGCGCGGAGUCUUCCUCCAUGUUAUGGGAGAUGCCCUUGGCAACAUCGGUGUCAUUGUGUCUGCGUUGAUCAUUUGGCUGACUGACUACGAAUGGCGAUUCUACGUGGAUCCCGGCAUUUCACUCGUCAUCACACUCAUUAUUCUGGCUUCUGCCAUUCCCCUUUGCAAGGCCGCGUCUCGUAUCCUGCUCCAAGCCGUGCCCCCCGGCAUGAGCAUCGACCACAUCAAGGAGGACAUCGAGGGUCUCCCAGGUAUUCUUGGUUCUCACCACCUCCACGUGUGGCAGCUGAGCGACACCAAAGUUGUCGCCUCGAUUCACAUUCAAGUCGACACCGAGAUCAAGGGAGAGGGCUCGGAGCGCUACAUGAACCUUGCGCGACAGGUCCGUCUUUGCCUCCACGCCUACGGUAUUCACUCUUCGACCAUCCAGCCCGAGUUUGCCCCGGAUACCGACGCGGAGGAUACCUCGAAUCAGACUCAACCUUCAUCUUCCGCUGAUCCUAAUCCGCCCAGUCGUGCGGCCAGCCUGCGGAGUGAUCCCCAGGCUUGUCUCCUGGAAUGCGACGACCACUGUGCCCGAGGAGGCCAGUGUUGUCCGAAAAAGUCGACCUGA